AUGGCUCGCAUCAAACAAUUGGCUCGAAAAUCUAUCCAGCAUGAUGAUGAUACUCUCGAUGAAGAGGACCAGCAGGAGAUCAACGGCAUUCUCACCGAGGAAGAGAAGCGACGCCGCGAGGAGCUUGAAAAGGCCCCUAUGCAGGUCGAGCUGAAGCAUCUCGAGAAGAGAUGGACCAAGAAGGGACAUGUGUACAUCACCGAGCCAAAGGAAGACGAGGACAUCCCUGAGCAAAAGGUUAACUGGUACGAGAAGUACGCGCUCUGCAUCACGCGCCAGUACGAUAGCCAGAACCAGUAUGUUUGCGGAACGACUCUCGAGGUCAACUCUCCCGGCCUCAAGGACAUCCUCGGAGACGUCAUCGGAAACAAGUAUCCCGGCCAGUCCUACCUGACCUCCAACAUCACCGUCAACUUUCCCCCUCGUAGUCUGUAUCACUACCGCCAUGAGCUGGCUGCGGCUGCCGGGGACCUCGAUCCCGAGUCCGAGGGAGCCCAACACAUGCCCGUCCUGCUCGACUUCAUCAACGAGCAGUUCCACGAGGCCAUCACCGAUGGAGCAAACUUCCUCGAGCAGGGCUUGAUGAGCUACGAGCACCUCUGGACCAUCUUCCGGCCAGGAAGCCUCGUCUACGCCACCCGGUUUAGCCAGCCCCGUGUGUACAAGCUCAACAGCUACCAGUAUAUCUGCGGACAGUGCGCUGGCCUUCAGCUCAGCGUCCAAUACGUCGACUUUGACGGGGACGAUUUCGGGAUCAGAGACGAGUGCCUCUUGAUCCCUGCGUUUGCUGGCGCCGCUCAGAUUGCGUCGCUCAACGCUAUGCCUCUGGAGCACCAUCCCAACCCCGAUGCCGUCAAAGCUCUGCUGAUCGAGCGCGGUCGACGAUGGGAGGCACUCGCGGGUCAGAACUUCCGCCAGUACAAGGGCGUGGCGCUGGACCACGAUAACCGCCGCUUCAACAUUGACGGCCGGAUCAUGGUCGACGCCGAGACGCACCACCGCAUCAUGGCGAACCACGCCUUCGGUGUCGUUCCGUUCCCCAAGGCCGCUGGCCAGAAGCGCAAGCAAGCCGGCGACAGCGACGAGAUGGAACUCGUCCCCAAAGAGACAGCCGAGUACCCGCCCCUUACGGACGAGCAGGCCCUGCUGGCCAGCCCCAUGGUUCGCGGCUUCAGCUUCACCGAGAAGAGGUUCCUCGACUUCUUCGUCGACAAGAUCAGCCCCAUCGAGUGGAACACCCAGUGCUUCGAGCAGCUCGUCCUCCCGGAUUCGCAGAAGGAGCUCGUGCAGGCUCUCGUGGCUGAGCACACCGCCCGCACCACGGACCCGAACGCAUCUGCCUUUGACGACAUCGUCAAGGGCAAGGGCCGCGGCCUCAUUCUCGUCCUGCACGGUCCGCCCGGCGUGGGCAAGACACUCACCGCGGAGUGCGUGGCCGAGUUCAGCCGCCGGCCGCUGUACAUUGUCUCCUCGGGCGACCUCGGCACGUCGGCGGGCGCGCUCGACGAGAAGCUGAGCAAGACGCUCGACCUGGCCAGCACGUGGAAGGCGGUGCUCCUCAUCGACGAGGCCGACGUGUUCCUCGAGCGCCGCUCGCUGCACGACAUGGAGCGCAACAGCCUCGUGUCCAUCUUCCUCCGCACGCUCGAGUACUACAGCGGCAUCCUCUUCAUGACGACGAACCGCGUGCGCACUUUUGACGACGCGUUCAAGAGCCGCAUCCACGUGCCCCUCAAGUACGACGACCUGCCGCGCGAGAGCAGGAUGAGGGUGUGGCGCAACUUUUUGGACAAUGUCGAGGGCGGCGCGGACGUUGACGAGGCCGGCUAUGAGAAGCUCGCCGAGGGGAAGCUGAACGGGCGGCAGAUCAAGAACGUGGUGCGGACGGCGCGGAGCCUCGCUGCGCAUAAGAAGCGGAAGCUGGACUGUGCGCAGCUGCUGCAGGUUGUGGAUAUCCAGAUGGCGUUUGAAAGGGAGUUGGACGAGGGGGAGGGGGACGUCGAUGUCGUGGCUCGGUAG